AUGGCCGGCUCGCACCCGUCGCUUCAGACUGUCGUGUUGGCUGUUCCUGGCGGCAAAUCCAGCUCAAGCAACGUUCAGCUGAGCGCGUUGGCCGCAUGUCUUGGCGUCUCAGUCAAUUUGGUGCCAAUUUCAGAACUUACCACCCAACCUGCCCAACGCGCCAAGCUCAAGCAGCUUUUGAAUGGUCAACAAGCGGGCACUGAUGCUCCAACUGACAAGCAGAAAACCGAUGCCGCAGCUGCACUCCGGCAGUUGGAAUUAACUCUCUGUGCCAUGCUGGUGGGUUCCGAUUGGUUCGGAGCUAGGUUGCUUGGGGCGCUGAAUGACGAGCUUAACUCCAAGCUAGCUACCGACCAAAGUGUCCAGCAAGUCGAACAGCUGCGACGGCAGCUUGCUGCAACGAACAUCACUGUUGACUUCGCCGACGCUGAGACCGUCAAAAACCAGAUUGAUGCUGCCCGAACACGAGUUCGACAUGCGCUUCCUCCUAAGGCGUCAGGAGUGGUCCUGCUUGAGCGCGAGCAAGCGAAGAAAACUGCUCUUAAUCUUUUGAGCGCAGUCACACGAAUUCACAAUGCCACCGAUCGAUUCAAUAUUGGUGUGAUUGCUACGCUACCAGGUGCCGGCAAAACAGCCUUUUGCGACCUCAUCCACUCUGACCUUGCAAAGCAAGUGCAUCCUGACGGAAGGUUCAUCAGUCUGAAUGUCACUUUCAACAGCCGAAGCUCAUUCACUUCGGAGGAAUGCGACAAGCAUCCUCAGCACGCAGUGUCCUGGCGUAUACUCGAAGAGUAUUUGAACGUUCCGGCAACCCAGCGUCCCAGCUUCCGAGAUUCCCUCACUGGUUCCUUUCGCGUCACCGACGUUGUAGACUACAUUCGCGAAGACUUUGUCUCGCGUCACAGUCUACCCACUGGCACUCUCGUUCCGAUAAUCAUCACCCUUGAUGAAGCAAGCAAGCUUUUGGGAGUGCCGGUCAAUGCGAGAUUCGACAAGGACUUCGACAAACUGCCACGAGAGCGCCGAGAUCGUCGAUUCCUGAAACUGGCCAUCGCGCCACUUCGAGAACUGUCAACUCCGGCGGGCAAACUCAUCAUGUUCCUCAGUGGCACGCGUCCAUUGCUGCUGGCCAAUGCGGCCCGCUUCGACCGGUUGGACACUGAAAAUGGGAGCACUUAUCCCGCCAGCGUCAUCGAUAUGCCACUUCUUUCUGGUGCUGCCUCAGCGCAGAAGGCAACCUCCCUCAACCUCGAUGGUUCAACUUGGCAUCGAGACCGACAUAUCACGCAACUUCUGCAGCGCGCAGUCGGGAAUCCUCGGCAGAUUGGAGAGGUGUUUUCAAACGAUGUUAAACCCCAUCAACAUGUUCGGAUGGAUUUUUCAACCUUGACUCGUGUUGUCGAAGCCGUGGUUUUCCAGUCAACUGACGCUCAUGUAGAUGACCGUUUGAUUGAAGACUUUGUCGAUUUGGGGCUUUGUUUCUGGGUGCAAACUUCAAACCCCCGCUCUCAGCUUACACUGAACCCGCAAGUUUUAGAAUCUGUCCAACUUGUUCAAGAUUCUGAGCAUCCAUACCUGCAGCUCGCGAUUCGCCUGCUGGAAGAAUUAAAAGUGGUUGGCAAACUGUUCUUGCCCGAAACCAUCAACAACGACUUGGCGACUCUUCCAUGGCACGAGUUGGAGCAGCUCGUUCCUUGUUUGCUCAAUCUGCGCAUGCUGGUCACGUUGUGCUCUGCAUGCAAGAACGGCACUCCAAAGGAUGCCGACUUGCGUCUUCCCCUCUCUAAGCUGCUGCAGGGUGCCAUCCUGAGCAAUGAUUUGUCGUCGUCCGAGGUUGUCCUGGAAGCGUUCUCUCAGAAGAACGACAAGCUGACAAGCGGCUUUUCGCUAUCCAAGCCCAGUACGCAAGCGACAGAUGCUGUAGCGAACUUUGCCCUCACUUCAGCUUCCGCAGUUCAGCCUGAGAUUGUCCCCUGCAAAGCUCAACUCAAACUGCGAACUGGACUCGAGUCGCUGUCCGAAAAUGCGGCCAAAGGCCUCAUCUCCGACCAGCGCAACGGUAGUGCGUCUCUGAUUGCCGGGCUCGUCUCCACGCAGCGCAUGACUCAAGCGCUUUGCAGUUCAAGUCUCGAGGCGAAAUCGUGGCUUGUCUCGCGCAGCGAGCUGCGCCGUUUUUUCUGUGGUCUGACGCCUAUCGUUGAUGCACUCGUCUCGUACAACCCAAACCUGUCGGACGGGCCUGCUGUCACGGUGCAAUUUUGGAGUGAGAAGCUAACGCAAGCCGAAGCCGAUGACCUGGCUCAGCGGUUUGUUGCAGAGCGCUCCAAACGCAAGGCAUACUUUUCCAACCACAAAGAAGUCCGUGCUUUCUUGGAACAGAUCGAUCCUGAACUUGCUGCUCGCCUGUCUGACGAGAUGUUGACCUGGCACAGCGAUGAACAGCCCCCGAAAACGGGCUCGGACUUUGCCCAGUCCGAUUGA